GGUCACGAAAACAUGAAUGAUUAUUUAUUUUAAUGCGGUGCGCUGUCACGCUCUCAACUUAGAAAUCAGUCAAAUCAUGUAACGUGAAUGUCGUACAGUAUCUUGACCAAGGCUCGAGACAAAAAAAAAAAAAAACGAGUUGAAAGCGUAAGGGAUACUGUUUCUCGAGCGCUUUCCACGAGCGCGAGAUGGAGUGAAACACGGACAAAUGCGUUUCUUCCAUUUUUUCAUCACCCCAUCCAGUGCAGACUGACUGAGGAUUUUGGUGUACCAUCAAAACCUACAGAGAAACUUAUAACGGAAAGACCUUGCCGUACCGAGAUCCUUACACACAACAUCAUCUUGAAAGACACCACUCCUAUUCGGCAGAAACCCUACCGAGUCCCGGAGAAGAUGCUAGAACGAUCUCCCACUGGGUUAUAUCUAUAUACAGGAUGUGAGCAGUAUGCAGCUGCUUACCUUGACGAUGUGGUGAUAUACAGUGGAUCGUGGCAAGAACAUCUGCAGCAUCUUGCUGACAUUCUGAAGAGGCUUCAGGAAGCUGGGCUCACAAUCAACACAAUCAUGGGUUCAGACGGACGUGAGGUACUUGGGGUACUUGUUCAGACAUGGAAAUGUGAUGUAGCACUUAUGUUUCAACUCAAAGAAAAACCCAAACCAAACUGUUUUGUAAGAUCUUUAUUUUGUUAGUUUCCUCAAGUGGCAGUCACAUGAAAGGUGCACAUUCCAUGGUGACUGUUAUCAGAGUGAAAUAUUCAGGGUGAAGUUGGACAAACAAUGUUUGUAUACUAAUGUUUAUGUCUUUUGUCUUCCUGGAGCUGCCUAGUAGGAGGGGCCCGCAAACAGGAAGCCGACUAUAUGUUACCCUGAAGGGGAGGAGUUGGCCCAUUAAGGAUGUUUAGGCCUAAAUUUCAUGAAUGUUUAUAUGUUUGAUGUUUUUCAAGGUAAUAAUACAAUUUGU